CUAACGCCCCCCAUCCCCACUACCCCACCCGGCGGCUCUACACGCCUGGCUCCUCGGCUGUUCCCGCCCGACUGCCACCCCUCUGCCACCCGCUGGUCCGCCUGGCCCCCCUGGCCUGCUACUCCUCCCUGCAGGCCCCCACCCCCCCUCCCAGCCCCUCAUCCUAGGCCCCUGCUCUCUCGUCCCUGCCUACUGUCCAGUCACCCCCGGCCAGACCUGCCAGCUCCCAGAUCUCCUCCAGGGGAGAUGGUGUCCCUACUACUGGGACAGUUUGGAGCAGCCCAGCAUUGCUGGGACGGCAGCCUGACCUGGUGGCCGCCGGGCAGGCAAGACACUGGCAGCCCGCGCUCAGCCUCGGUGAUUCGCCCCACCUUGUCAGUCCCCUUCGCACGCCAGGGAUGCCUUUGGCAUUUCCCUUCUCUAGACAGCCUGGUGCUGUCCUCUCCCGCCGCGUGGGCCAGCCCGCGCGAGCCUCUGCCGGCGCGACUGGCCUCUCCGUGGGACUUGGUCUGUGACCACAGGGCAAACCGGGGGACCGGCGGCAGAGAAGAGCAGGGUGAGGAGUGGAAAGCACCCCGCCUGUUCGCAAGGAGGCAGGUGCUGGGAUGUGGUAAGUGCAAGAAAGGGGGGCCCUGAGCACCCGCAUACAGGGGACGAGGCCCUGCUGCAGAGAGAUGGGGACUCGGGGUUGUUUUCGUUUGUAUUUUUUGGUCUGUUUCCUCCCAGAC